AUGGCAUCCACAUCUUGUGCCAGCAAGAGCCCACUGCUCAUGAAAGACACAUCCUCUCUCUAUCUUCCAUACCCAGCACCUCUUGCUAAACACGAGGAAGUUGUAGCCAAUCCUAAGCUGUUCAUGGCUACUUUGGAAAAGCUCCAUACUUCAAUGGGAACCAAGUUCAUGAUCCCUAUUAUAGGAGGAAAAGAGCUAGAUUUGCAUCGACUCUUUGUGGAGGUUACUUCCCGUGGGGGUAUUGAGAAGAUUAUUAGAGAUAGAAGAUGGAAGGAAGUUACCGCUGUUUUCAACUUUCCAUCCACAGCUACAAAUGCUUCUUUUGUGUUGCGGAAAUAUUAUAAUUCAUUGCUUCUCCACUAUGAACAAAUUUACUAUUUUAAAGCUCAAGCAUGGAAUCCUCUCUCUUCUGAUAAUUCUCACAGCCCUUCAAUGACAGCCGUUCCAGCUGCAAGGGGAGGAACUAAACGAAAAGCAGCUGAAGCUCAUGCUAUUAUGCAUCAGCCAACACAGAUAAACUCAGAAUUACCUGGAGCCAGGACAACAGCAUCAUCAGAAGAUACUGUGACAGGGGUUAUUGAUGGGAAAUUUGAAAAUGGAUAUCUUGUUACCGUCAUCAAAGGCUCAAUGAAGCUAAGAGGUGUACUUUAUCAGGCUCCAAUGAACCCAGUACGUGGAGUUCCACAAGUCCCACAAAAUUAUAGCAUGUUGGUUAACAGAAAUGAGAGUGCCUCAGCUAUUAUUCCUGGUGUACACCGUCGUCGCCGAAGGAAGAAAUCUGAGAUUAAAAGGAGGGAUCCUGCUCAUCCAAAACCCAACAGAAGCGGAUAUAACUUUUUCUUUGCAGAACAGCAUGCAAGGCUGAAGCCACUUCAUCCUGGGAAGGAUAGAGAGAUAAGUAGAAUGAUUGGUGAACUCUGGAAUAAAUUGAAGGAGUCUGAAAAAUCAGUGUAUCAGGAGAAAGCCGUUAAAGAUAAGGAGCGAUAUCGAAUAGAAAUGGAGGAUUACCGGGAGAGGUUGAAAGCUGGUCAAGUCAUUAGUGAUGCAGUGCCACUACAACAGCGGUUUCCUGAAGCCAAUACAUGCAAUACAAGCAUGGUUGAAUCAGAUGCAAAGAUCGAAGAAACCGAGCCGAGAGACUCUCCACAAACACCAGAUGAGAGCAAUGAGAGUAAUUCUAGCAAAACAGAUAAGUGA